CAGACCUGCUCUCCCACUCUCCCUCUCGGUGGUUCCUUUGAUUCUCACGGCCAAAACACCACUCUCCCUCCCUAACCUCAGAUCUGCAACUACCACCACCAGCCAAACCAUAGCAUCAAGACCCAAAUCCAAAAAACCUAUAGCAAACCACAACCCCCAUCGGAACCGACACACCUCCACUACAAAUCCACCCCAUACCGGAAACCGUCACUACCACUGAAAACCACCGCCGGCCAUAAAUCCCAAAGAAAAACACAAAACCCAAUAACCCAUGAUACCACCCCGCAGCAUCCCACCACCACCCACAGCUCACCCCUACCAGCUCAUAGCCCACCACCAUCACCAAAACCCUCAACCACCAGCCAAAUUAAACCAACCAUCACCAUCAACCACCGACCAAAAUUAACCAACCACCACUGACCACCUCAACCACAACAGCGAAAAGCAACCCAUUACAACCCAUUACCAGAUCGACCCAAACCACAAAAAAAAAAAAAAAAGAAGAAGCCACAACUAGAUUAAAAUCAAAACAAGCUGGUAAGAGAGGCAGCAAUCGGUGGUGGAGGCGUCUUUCAACGGUGGUGCUUGAGAACGGCGGUGUAGCUUCAAAUCGGCGGUGUGGCUUCAAAACAUGGCUGAGAUCGGUUCAAAUCAUGGCUUUGAUCGGUGAAGGAGGCAGAGAGAGGGAAGAGAGAGAGGUAUGAGGAAGAAGAGAGGAAAAUCGGUUGCUUGAGAAAAAAAAGGAAAAAAAAAAAAAAAAAAAGUGUAACGGAGGGUAAGAGUGUUAACAGUGUAAGGGUAUUUUUGUCUUUUAGGGACCAAAUUGAUCAUUUUUAAAAUAUCUUGGACCUAACUGCCAUUAACCCAAAGCCCCCAAUUGAACUAAACCGUAUAGAUCUUCACUGCAGAGGAGAGCCCAAAACCCAGCCAAACCUUCACCUCCAAAACAGUGAGAGAGCACUGUGUUGAUGUGCAGAAAAUCAAGCUCCGUUCUUUUCUUUUCUUUUCUUUUCCCAUAUAGCUCUCACUUGAAUCCAAUUCCCAUACAUAUAUAGUAAAAAUCCAAGAAUUCAAGCCCCUUUCACUAGCUUUCUCCACCAAAACCCUAGCCAAAGAAAAGAUACAGAGACAGAGAGAGAAAGAAAUGGCGUUUAGAGGAAAGGAGAUGAUGAAGAAAGUGUUGAAGAAUGUAGGAGAGAAGAACUUGGCACCCGGAUUGAAAGAAUCACUGAAGAAGUGCAUACCGGACAGUAAGGUUGUCAUGGGCCGAGCCAAACGCGGCCUCUACGCUGGCCGCCACAUCCAGUUCGGCAAUCGCGUCAGCGAAGAUGGUGGCAACAAGUCAAGGAGGACUUGGAAGCCGAAUGUCCAGGAGAAGCGGCUCUUCAGUUACGUUUUAGACCGCCAUAUUCGAGUGAAAGUCACCACUCAUGCCCUCCGUUGCAUAGACAAGGCAGGAGGGAUUGAUGAGUACCUCCUGAAAACUCCUUACCACAAGAUGGACACAGAAAUGGGCCUCUACUGGAAGUCUAGGAUCGAGAAGAUGUACGAAGAGCUAGGGAAGAGGGAAGUUGUUUUCUUUUCACCUGAGGAUGAAGCCAGGUUUGAACAACGUUUUAAAGAUCUGAAAGUGGCCGAGAGGACAGCUCGUAGGGAUGCCAGGAGACAAAUGUCUGGUUGGUCAGACAAACAGAAGCAGAUUGAGGAAGGUCAAGUGAAAGAUCAAUUGACUGAUGAAGAAGCCGCUCCCGAGCAGUGGGCUGCAAACUCUUAAGUUUUGGACCAUUCACCAUCUUGGAAUGUUCCCCCAUCUUUGUUUUUUAUUGCCCAUUCGAAAUUUUGUAUCUCUUUAAUGUUUGUUUUUUGAAGUAGUCUUUAGCUGUAUCAGGCCUGAUGGAAAAAUAUUCAGCAGAAAUCAAUUAUCUUUUUCAGAUGGAAA